AUGGUUGGACUGGAUUAUCGACACGGCAUCUCCGUCUUGGAGGUUAUUGUGUAUAUUCCUACCUUGAUUAUUGCUCUAUGGGUAGCAUACAGGCAUGGAUUCCAAAGAAGCGCCGGCUGGAUCACGUUGGUCAUUUUCUCGCUGGUCCGCGUGGUAGGAUCAUGUUGCUAUCUGGCAACCCUUGGCUAUCCGUCUUCGAAAGACCUCUACGUGGCAUGGGCAGUAUGCAGCUCAAUUGGAUUAUCCCCAUUGACGAUCUCCUGCAUCGGUCUGCUAUCUCGAGCCAAUGGAUCGAUAAAACAACCGCCUGGCCAAGAAAUCAAUCAGCGCCUGUUCAAAUGGCUCGGUCUCGCCACUUUGGUCGCGGUGAUUUUGUCCAUUGUCGGCCAGGUUCAAAAUACCAAUUUGGGACAAGAGAGCUCAAUUAGUACCCUGACCAAAGCUGGCGUGGUUAUAUUUUUGGUCACUUGGGCUGGCUUGGCCUUCUUGCUUUUCGGGGUCGCAUCGCGCUUCGGUUCUAUCGAGGAUGGCGAGCGCAGACUGGUUUUCGCUGUUGGGUUGUCAGUUCCGUUGCUGCUUGUUCGCAUUCUCUACUCGCUUCUUGCAGUCUUCUCUCAUAGCCCCGACUUCAACAUGUUCACAGGAAGUCCCACCAUCAUGUUGGUCAUGGCUGUCUUGGAGGAGAUUGCGAUCUGUGUCAUCUGCCUGGGAACUGGUAUUACUCUGUCUGUGCGAAAACGCACAGAUUACAAUGAAGAGUAUGCUCUCGUCAGAUAA